AUGUUAAUCACUGAGACGUACCAAGAUGUUAAAACAUCUUAUGGCACCACAUUGAGAAUAUACAUUUAUUCUCCAAAAAUCAAUGGAUACCCAAAUGCUAAGUUCCCUGGUGUUGUUGUCUAUAGCGAGAUUUAUCAAGUAACAGGGCCUGUCCGCAGGUUUGGACAAAAAAUUGCUUCGGAAGGUUACGUUGUUGUAGCACCAGCUAUUUAUCAUAACUUCUGUGGUCCUGAACCCUUAGCCUACGAUGCUGAAGGCACAGAUUUUGGUAACGAAUGUAAGAUUAAAAAGCCAUUGGAAUCAUAUGAUGAAGAUAACAAGUUGUGUUGCGAUUUACUGUAUACUUUGCCCCAAUUUGAUGGUAAAAAGAUCGGUGCCACAGGGAUGUGCUUAGGUGGACACUUGGCAUUCAGAGCUUUGUUGGACAAACGUAUUGCCUGUGCCACUUGUUUCUUCCCAACGGAUAUUCAUCUGAAAAGCUUGGGUCUUCAUGAAAAUGAUGAUUCCCUGGAGCGCAUUUCUAAGGAAACGAAGGCAGACCAAGAAUUAAUACUAAUUUUUGGAACUUGGGAUACGCACGUCUCCCCAGAAGGCAGAGAUAUUAUCAGGAAAAAGUUGAGAGAUAAUAAAGUCAAUUUCACUUUCCUAGAAGUUCACGGUGCCCAACACGCUUUCAUUCGUGAUGAAUCUAGUAAAGGUAGAUUCGACUCUGCAAUUACUCAAAGUUGUUUGGGUUUCAUGUUUGAACAAUUCAAUAGAAAGUUAAAGAUAGAUUUAGGGGAAUUUGUUGGCGACAGUAAGAAUUUGGAGCAUGUAUGCUGA